AUGGCGGCGUCCUACCUGAACAAACUGAACCCAGUGCCUGGGUUCUCUGAAUACUCCGGGCCAUACAAGGUGGGCACAGUGGACGUCGAGAUACCGGUGGCCGAGCUCGAGUCUCCUGCGCCCGCGCCCGACGGCGUCGACAUCGAAACGGUGCAGUUUCGCAUCUUCUAUCCCGCCCAGCCAGAUUCGAAGGGAAAGAAGAUCACAUGGCUUCCUGCGCCCCAGCGGAACCACCUAUCGGCGUACAUCAAGUUUCUCGGAGUUGGAACACUGGUCGCCGAAGCAGUAUCCUUCCUCCCUCGACAUCUCCACUAUACGACGAUCCCAGUUAUCAAGAAUGCGCCGAUCCUAGAACCCGACACGCCGAAUAAGCGAUGGCCAACUGCCAUAUUCUCACAUGGACUCGGUGGCAGUCGGAACGCCUAUUCACAGAUCGUAGGCUCUCUGGCGUCCCAUGGAGUGGUUGUCAUAUGCCCCGAGCACCGUGACGGGAGCGCGGUUGCGUCAUUCGUCCGGAUACCCUCAGAACAGAACCGCUACUUUAUUCGCAAUACUCGGAAAAUCAUACCGUAUCAGAGAAUACCGCACGACGCUACGGAGGAAGUACAUGAAGCCAGAACAGCACAGCUCCGAAUCAGGCUUUGGGAGCUAGGCUUGAUUCACGAUGCCAUCCUGGGGAUCGAUGAAGGGUUGGCUCGUACUAAUCUAAACACGAGCACUCCGUCCCUUGACCAAUUCGUCAAUCAACUCAACGUUCACGACCCUGGGAGCAUUAUUUUCGCUGGACAUAGUUUUGGGGCUGCAACCAUGGUACAGUUCCUGAAAUCCGUCUACUACGCAGGCUCUCCCGAGGUAGCAGCCAUGGAAACACCCCUCUACAUUCCGUCCCGGGAGUCUUCAGUAUGCAAGCAGGUGACUUGCAAGAACGUGACCAUUCUCCUUGAUAUGUGGUGCUUUCCUUUGUUGGCAAAGAGUGCGAAAGCCUUGUUCAACCUCCCUCUGCCGGUCUAUGCGGACAGCCCAUCUGCACCUGGAGGCAACGGCCUGCUCGCCGUCGAGUCCGAGGCAUUCUUCAAAUGGAAGGAACACCUACACGCCACAGCCCGUGUAUUAUCUCCGGAGCCGUCUGCCAACGUGGUCGAGCCUACGGCUUACGAGCGACACAGCGGUGUCAAGCUCCCGGAGCCGAAUUUCUUUUACGUGCAGCACUCCUCUCACCUCAACCAAUCCGACUUCGGCGUCUUGUUCCCAUGGCUCACGAAGAAGGUGUUUGGUUCCGAGGAGCCGGAGCGCGCACUCAGGCUCAACCUCCGUGCGAUCCUCCAGGUCCUCAGGGUCAAUGAUGUGCCUAUCGCGAGGACAUGGGUUGGCGAUCUCGUCGACGGCACUCAUGUGGGUAAAGCGGGUGCCAGCGGUGAAGGACUGUCGGCCGGAAACAAGGGCCUAGAUGACGGAAUCAAGGACGACAAGGCCAUCUUCGACCGCAGUGGCAACAGCGGCGUAGAAGCUUGGAGCUGGAUCGACAUUGUCGGUAUGGGCGAUCUGGUCGGCGAUUUUGGAGCCACCAAGUCAGACACCACAGCAGUCGAGGCCCAGGAAUCAGAGAUGGCGGAUGAGAUCGAGCCACAGGUUUCCAAUGACCAGGCCGUCAAGGCUGUGGUAACCGCCUCGGCUUGA